AUGUCGAACAACCAAAACCAAAAUUCAAGAUUAUCAGUAAGCGAUGAAAAUGAAUUAAUAGCUGAAAUAAAAGAUUCGACAAUGACAACAAUAGCCGAACAGAUCGAUAUUCAACCUGUUCGUAGCAUGACAUGUUAUAUAUGUUUUGAAAAUAUUGUAACAACAUACAAACCAUUUGGUAUACAAAACAAUUGCGAUCAUAUUUUUUGUUUUGACUGUUUAUCAACUUGGCGUCGCACGGUUAGCUUUUCUCGAACUAAUCUAUUGGACUUUCCUAAUAUUCCGCUAAAAUAUGCUUGUUUUUCUCCUCAGAAUACUAUGAUUGAUAAAGAUGCAGCUAGACGAUGUCCAUUAUGUCGUACGCGAUCAACGUUUGUAGCUCGAAGUUGGCGUUGUUUUAAUAAUCGUGACGAUAAACAAUCUUUAAUUGAUUCGCACAAAUCAUAUUUAAAAACGAUUCCUUGUCGAACUUUAUCCCGAUAUGGUUAUUGCCGAUUUGGUCGUCGAUGCUACUACAAUCAUCAAAUACAACAACGAUGGUCUUCAUCGCCGAUCGAUACUUCUAUUUCAUUCUCUGAACACCAACUCGAUUCCUCAAAUGUUUUCCCAUUAAAUACUCAUAAUAAUGAUGAACAACAAGAACCACCAAGAAGAUUCACCUAUAAUUCACAUCGAUAUAGACCUUACUAG